ACCCCCAAGGCGUCCCCGAGCGCAGGCGGGACUGCGCAUGUGCGGCGUCUUAGCCGCUGGGCCAACGCGGGCCAUGGAGACGGAAGCGAGCCUGUUGCGCCAGUGCCCGCUGCUACUGCCCCAGAACCGGGCGAAAACCGUGUAUGAGGGCUUCAUUUCGGCUCAGGGAAGAGAUUUCCACCUUAAAAUAUUGUUGCCUCAGGAUUUACAGCUGAAGAAGGCAAGGUUACUAUGUAGUUGGCAGCUGCGAACAAUACUUGAUGGGUAUCAUCAUGUGGUACAGCAGAGAAUGCAGCACUCUCCUGAUCUAAUGAGCUUUAUGAUGGAGUUAAAAGUGAUUUUGGAAGCAGCUUUGAAGAAGAAACAAGAUUUGUAUGCAUUACCUCCUCCUCCUCAGUUCUACUCCAGUGUUAUUGAAGAGAUAGAUGCCCUUGGGUGGGAUAAACUUGAUUUUGUGGAUACUUGUUUCAGUACCAUCAAGUUAAAAGCUGAAGAUGCUUCUGGUAGAGAGCAUCUAAUCACUCUCAAGUUGAAAUCAAAGUACCCUGCAGAAUCACCGGAUUGUUCUGUGGAUUUUCCUGUACCAUUUUCAGUUUCCUGGACACCACAGAGCUCCUUAAUAAGUAUUCAUAGGCAGUUUUUGGCAGCAUUAGAAUCACUGAAGACAUUCUGGGAUGUUAUGGAUGAAAUUGAUGAGAAGACUUGGGUACUUGAGCCAGAAAAACCUACAAGGAGUGCAACAGCACGCAGAAUUGCAUUAGGGAAUAAUGCUUCAAUAAAUAUAGAAGUUGAUCCCAGGCAUCCUACUAUGCUUCCAGAGUGCUGCUUUCUUGGAGCUGAUCAUGUGGUAAAACCCCUGGGAAUCAAGCUGAGCAGAAACAUACAUUUGUGGAAUCCGGAAGAUACUCUUUUACAAAAUCUGAAAGAUGUUUUAGAAAUUGAUUUCCCAUCCAGAGCAGUCCUGGAAAAGUUUGAUUUUUCUAUGGAUUGUGGGAUUUGUUAUGCCUAUCAACUUGAUGGUGCCAUUCCUGACCAAGUGUGUGAUAAUUCCCAGUGUGGACAACCUUUUCAUCAAACAUGCUUAUAUGAGUGGCUUAGAGGACUACUGACCAGUAGACAGAGUUUUAACAUCAUAUUUGGUGAAUGUCCAUAUUGUAAUAAGCCAAUUACCUUGAAAAUGUCUGGGAGGAAAUCCUGAAGUAAGAGUACAACAUUUCUCUGAUGAACUAGAAACUUUAGAAAAAAAUAACAGAAGAAGAAAUGUAUUUGGUUUUCAGAGAAAAUAUAAAGCAAGACAAACUAACGUCAAAAGACAAAGAAUGAUAAAGCCAUAAUAAUACA